AUGGCCGACAAGCCCGCUGAGUCGAAGCCCCCGGUCGCUGCUGCCCCCGCGGCGGCGACGGCGGCGCAGGGUGGUGAGGGUGGUGAGGGUGGCGAGGCCGGACCGUCGAAGAAGGCGCUGAAGAAGGCCGAGGCUAAGGCGAAGAAGGAGGCCGAGAAGGCGAAGCGCGCGGCCGAGCACGAGGCCAAGCAGGCGGCCGCCAAGGCGGCGGCGGGCAACACCGAGGACCUGGCCAGGGAGAACUACGGGGAGGCGACGGCGGCGACCAAGGUGGAUGCGGAGCGCGUCCACCUCCGGGACGUGGGGGAGUCGCAGCUGGGCAAGACGAUCAAGCUGAGGGCGUGGGUGCAGAACUCGCGCAUGCAGGGCGCCAAGAUGGCCUUCGUGGAGCUGCGCGAGGAGCGCAACUGGGCCAUCCAGGGCGUGGUGGCGGCCAGCCCCGAGGGCAGGCCGGUCAGCAGGCAGAUGGUCAAGUGGAUCGGCGGGCUCAACCUCGAGGGCUUCGUGCUGGUCGAGGGCCGGGUCGAGAAGCCGCUGGAGCCGGUCAAGAGCGUGCGGGUGUCCGGCUACGAGCUCCACAUCACAAAGUGCUACGUCAUCUCGCCCGGUCCCGAGGUCCUCGGCAUGGGUCUCGCCGUGGCCAACAAGGCGGUGACCAACUUUGACGACGAGGAGGCUGCCGCUGCCGGGGACGCUGCGGCGGCGGACGAGGCCAGGAAGGGCGUCGAGAACCUGAGCGUCGACAGCGUCCCGUCGGCCAGCAUGGCCACCCACCUGUCGAACCCGGCCAUGCACAAGCGGGCGCCGGUCCAGCAGGCCAUCGCCGACGUCCGGAUGGCGACCAGGAAGCUGUUCGCCGAGUACCUCGAGUCGCAGGGUUUCAACCAGUUCGAGCCGCCCUGCCUCAUCGGGGCCGCGUCCGAGGGCGGCUCCAACGUGUUCGGCAUGACGUACUUUGACCGGCAGGCCUACCUCGCCCAGUCGCCGCAGUUCUACAAGCAGUUCGAGAUUGCCGGUGGCAGGAAGCGCGUCUUCUGCAUCGGGCCCGUCUUCCGCGCCGAGAACUCCAACACGCCCCGCCACAUGACCGAGUUCACGGGCCUCGACAUGGAGAUGGAGAUUGAGGAGUCGUACCACGAGGUCCGCGACAUGCUCGAGGCCACGCUGCUCUACAUCUUCCGCGGGCUCGAGGAGCGGUGCGCGGAGCAGAUCGCGACGAUCCGCACCGUGUACCCGUCGGACGACUUCCUCCUGCCCGAGGCGGGCAAGGAGGUCAGGCUCACCUUCGCCGAGGGCCAGGCUCUGCUCCGGGCCGAGGGCCCGGAGGAGUACCGCAACGUGUCGGACGAGGAGGACAUGUCGACGCCGCAGGAGAAGGCGCUGGGGGCGCUGAUCCGCGAAAAGUACAAGACGGACUUUUACGUGCUGGACAAGUUCCCCGAGGAGGCGCGGCCCUUCUACGCGCUCGAGGACCCGCAGAACCCCAAGGUGACCAACGCCUACGACUUCUUCAUGCGCGGCCAGGAGAUCCUCUCGGGCGGCCAGCGGGUGCACAGGCCCGACCUGCUCGAGGCGCGCCUCCGCAAGAAGGGCGUCGACCCCGACAGCCCCGGCAUCAAGGAGUACGUCGACGUCUUCCGCAGCUGCGGCGUCCCGCCCCACGGAGGAGGCGGCAUCGGCCUCGACCGCGUCGUCGCCUGGUAUCUCAACCUGCCUAGCGUACACCUGGCUAGCUUCUACCCUCGCACUCCCAAGAGGUUGCUGCCGUAA